AAAGUUGACAACAACUGCCCUGCUGGAGCAGCACUGAUAAUGCCAGCUGUGUAAAUCGACCAGGACGUGCAUGAUGUAAGAUGUAAGAUGUAAGAUGUAAGAUAAAAGCUGACUCGUACAUAGAUUAAAACUUGAUCAUUCCAUGCUUGCACAGCAAAAAGAAAUACAGCACAUCAAGUAUAUGAGUUGCAAAUAUAAAAGCGUGAGGCAACCAUCACUAGUUAAUUAUUAUUCUUGCAGCACAACAGACAACCCUCUUAUCUAUUCAAGAAAAACAUGGCAAAACUACUCUCCCUAUUGGUCAUCAUAAUCACUGGAAGUUACGCAGUAACGAUGCCAUAUCCGGCGGUGACGCUUGGACUUGGCGAGAUGGCAACCUGUAUUGGCUGCGUGCAUCGGAAUAACACGUACGCUGUGUGGGAUGCUGAAGAACAGAUCCACCCACGGGGAAGCUGUCUCCACGUGGAUUCAAUUUUUGAGGAUCCAUGCAGGAUUACUCAGGCCAUUUUCACUCGGUGGUGGGAGUGUGCUGACUUCUUCCCAGCAGAGGAGAAGACGCUGGUGCCUCUUGUGAUGGGGGACAUGGGUCCACUCGUAGAGUGGUUCGUCUGCCCAGACGGACCUGGUAACUAA